ACUGGUAACCGGUAAUUGUCGAAAAAUUGCUCCGUAAAUUACCAACGUGGGCGGCGUAGUUUCCUUUCCCCGCUUGACUUCAAUUCUACCCAAUCUCCAUUCUACUUUGUAUACCAAGUAUAAAUAGCAGAUCAGAUCCCUUUCAUUUUCAGUUUCACUCGCUAUCUCUCUCUGCUUAUUUUGCUAUUCCCGAAGAAACACGCGCUAAGCAUGAGGCAGCCUAGAGUUAUCAUGGAGGUCGGUGACGACGGCGUUGCGGUCAUCACCGUCUCCAAUCCUCCGGUCAAUGCUCUCGCCCUCACCAUUUUUGAUGGACUGAAGGAGAAGUAUGCUGAGGCGAUGAGAAGAGACGACGUCAAAGCUGUUGUUCUCGCCGGUGAUGCUGGAAAAUUCUCUGGUGGCUUUGACAUAAAUGUGUUUGAGAGGGUGCAUAAAACAGGAGAUGCUUCCAUCUUACCUGAGACGUCUAUUAGUGUUGCGGUCAAUGUAAUAGAAGAUGGAAAGAAGCCUACUGUUGCUGCCUUGCAGGGACUUGCACUUGGAGGUGGAUUGGAACUAGCUUUGGCUGCUCAUGCACGAAUUGCUGCGCCAAAAACACUACUUGGUCUGCCUGAACUUACUCUUGGUGUUAUUCCUGGAUCAGGAGGUACACAGCGUCUCCCUAGGCUUAUUGGGCUUCCUAAAGCACUUGAACUUAUGCUGUUUUCUAAACCAAUAACAUCAGAAGAAGGAAAUGAUCUAGGGCUUGUUGAUGCUGUUGUUCCUUCUGAUGAAUUAAUAAAAGCAUCGCGCCAGUGGGCACUAGACAUCAUAGAGAGGCGCAAACCAUGGAUACGCUCUCUUCAUAGGAUAGACAAACUUGGUUCUGUGCCAGAAGUGGUGGAUAUAAUAAAAACAGCAAGGCAGCAGGCCAAACAGAGUUUUAAAAAUGUGCCUCAGCACCAGGCAUGUCUUGAUGUAAUUGAGGAAGGAAUCAUUCAUGGUGGUUAUCAUGGAAUUUUGAAGGAGUCAAGCGUAUUUAAAGAUCUAAUCUUUACAGACGCAUCAAAGGGUCUAGUGCAUGCAUUUUUUUCUCAAAGGGCAACGAGUAAGGUUCCAAAUGUUUCUGACAUUGGACUAAAACCAAGGAAAAUAUCGAAAGUCGCUAUUAUUGGUGGAGGGCUAAUGGGUUCUGGCAUAGCUACAGCACUGAUUUUGAGCAAUAUAUAUGUCAUCCUCAAAGAAAUCAACUCUGAGUAUCUUCUGAAGGGAAUAAAAGCAAUUGAAGGGAAUGUCCGAAGUCUUGUAUCAAGGAAAAAAUUGGCAAAGGAUAAAGCAGAGAAAGCCCUUUUGAUGGUUAAAGGCACUUUGGACUACACUGAUUUCAAGGAUGUGGAUAUGGUUAUUGAAGCCGUUGUUGAACAUAUUCCUCUGAAGCAGAAAAUUUUUGCUGAUAUUGAGAAGGCAUGCCCACCUCACUGUAUUUUGGCUUCAAAUACUUCUACCAUUGACCUCAAUGUAGUUGGAGAAAAGACCAAAUCACAAGAUCGGAUAAUUGGAGCACAUUUUUUCAGCCCUGCUCACGUGAUGCCUCUCUUGGAAGUUGUACGGACGGAGAAGACUUCUGCACAAGUAAUUCUUGAUUUGAUGAAUGUUGGGAAGAUCAUAAAGAAAGUUCCUGUUGUAGUUGGGAACUGCACUGGUUUUGCAGUGAAUAGGGCCUUCUUCCCCUACAGUCAGAGUGCACAUCUUCUGUUACACUUGGGGGUUGAUUUAUUUAGAAUUGAUCAGCUUAUCAGCAACUUUGGCCUUCCGUUGGGGCCUUUCCAGCUUCAGGAUGUUGCAGGUUAUGGAGUAGUUGUUGCAACAACAGAAAUAUUCCGUACAUCAUUUCCUGAUAGGACCUUUCAAUCUCCAUUGGUUGGGCUUCUUUUAAAAAAUGGGAGAAAUGGUAAAAAUAACGGAAAAGGAUAUUAUAUCUUUGAGAAAGGAAGCAAGCCCAAACCUGAUCCUUCCGUGCUCCCGAUAAUAGAGGAAUCUAGAAGAACUAUAAAUAUCAUGCCUGGUGGCAAGCCUAUAUCUGUUACCGACGAAGAAAUUAUUCAGAUGAUACUGUUUCCAGUUGUGAACGAAGCAUGUCGUGUAUUAGAUGAAGGGGUGGUAGUCCGAGCAUCGGAUCUUGAUACUGCCUCUAUUCUUGGCAUGAGUUUCCCAUCUUAUCGUGGCGGUAUUAUUUUCUGGGCAGACACCAUUGGAGCAGAUAUCAUAUACAAAAGUCUCCAGAAGUGGUCUGAACUAUAUGGUAACUUCUUCAGACCAUCACGGUAUCUGGAAGAAAGAGCAACCAGAGGCAUCCCAUUGAGUGCACCUGCCACAACAUCUCCUGCAGCAAAGGCGCGCCUGUGAUUCUUCUGCUGGAUAUUUUGGGCUGAGGGGUGAAAUAACUUUGUUUUGUGCCAAUCAUGUAAUAACAUAAGCUCUCUGUGGCUCCUCAAUCAGCCCUUCAUUCCAACACCCAAGGAAAAAUAAUGAGCAAAAGUUAUCUGUUUCUGUAGUGGUGUAACAGGCAAUAUCUUGUUGAUCCAACAUUUACCAACUUAUUAUGAACAUCUAGUACAAGAUCGUAUAAUGUGUAGAGUAAGUGUGGAAAUGAUUGCAAUAAAUGAUUUUGGCUUAGAGUAA